AUGAACAUAGUCCAUGUGCGUGGAACUCCAGCCAGUGGGAAAACACGUCUCUCUGAACUUUUGAAAGACUACUAUCGCAAAGAGGGAAGAAGAGCUUUCUUAAUCAAAAGAUGGGAAGGACUCAAUUUUAAGAAUCCUUGGGGCAGUCUUGUCGAGCUUGUUGAGAAAUGGAAUGAUGAAGCACAGGAAGCUCCCACCGCAACUUCACAAUCAGAGCAGGAUCUCUCUUGGGUUUUGACAUCAAACACUGUUAUUAUUGUGGAUGAGGCACAGGCGACCUACAGUGAUGAUAUGCUCUGGAACACAAUCUUCAAAGAGAGACUAACCCCUAAUGUUUACAAAUUUCGACUAUGUCUUUUCUGCUCUUACGGCAGUCCAGCAGCAGGCCCAGAUCCAACAUUCUUCACUCCAGUCAAGUUUUCUGACGAACAACGCAUCUCAUUGACGCCACAAAACCAGGAAGACUCACCACCUAUUGGUCUAUUUUAUGACAAAGAAGAGUUCAGGGAUGUCAUUUCACGAUUGCUUACAUUUCAUUAUGAAGAGACAUUCAAUUUUGAUGAGGGUGCCCUGGAGUAUAUAUUUGCAGUAACAAAUGGCCAUCCAGGAGCGGUGACAUCGAUAGUUGAUGUAAUUUACGAGGCCUAUUGCCAUGACAUCAAGCGUGGAUGUAUCAGGACCUUGACAGAAGAUCAUGUCAUCUGGUUCCUGGAGGACACUGCCACAGUUUUUGACAAACUAAGAAGCAAGCCAGUUAAUCGCUCUUUUCCAGAUAUAUCAAGAGCUACAAAUGGAAUCUCAGUCAUAUUGAGCAAAAUUACAGAAGGAAGUAUUCCAUUUGAUAUCAAUGAUGCAAGCAUCAAGUUCUGUUACCAGAAAGGUUGGAUUCACAGGGUAGCUCUGGAUGGUGGUGAUGUUGCAGUUCUGCCAUCGCGCUUACAUGAAAAAUAUGUUGAAUAUUGGAUUGGCAAAAUGUCAAUGCCCCUUCCUGCCAGAUUUGACUCACUACCGAAAUUAUGCAAAGAAGUUCUGGGUGAAUUCUCCAUCACAAUCCUGAGGCAUUCAGCUGAGGGCAAAAAGAUAUCAACUGCAUCACAACCCAGACCUGUGGAAGCCCAAUAUCAGGAUGAAUUUCACAGGGGAUUUGUCCACCUAGCUGGGUUAGGCGUACCAAUUGUUACAGACCUUAUCGUAUUAGUCUCACGUGACAAUACGGGAAGAUAA